UACCAGUUCCGCCUAAAUUUCGAUGUUAAUAAAGAGAUUAGGGGCAACAAAAGCACUGUGGAAUUUCAGGAAAUACUCGCGGAUGCCUCGUAUGUGUUCACGAACUCAAACCCGUACCUCGACUAUCCUCGUCCAAUGCUCCACAAGACAGUUCCACUGGGCGGAGUUGCUGUCCAUAUCGAUCCCAAAAAGAAUGUUUUGUCAAAGGAAUGGAAUAGCGUGUUGAGUGAGAGAAACACCACCGUACUGGUCUCAUUCGGUUCAGUGGCCAAAUCUAUCUACAUGCCAGAUGAGUACAGGAAAACGUUACUGGAAGUUUUUGAAAGCAUGCCUGAUACUACCUUCAUAUGGAAAUACGAAGCCGAAGGUUCACAGAAUAGCGGCUCACCUCAAGAAUGUUCAUCUCAGCACUUGGGUUCAGUUCCUUUGUUGCAGACUGUUCUCAUGCCGAUUAUGGACGUUGAGGAAGGGGCUAAGACUGGAGUAAAGCUGACAAAGAAAAUCAUCAAAACACCCAUAGAUCCACGUGUAGAGGAGAUGAUGAGAUAUAAGUCAAUUAUGCUCAGCCACAUGUGGACAAUGCAGCCAAAUCUGAUAUCCGACGAUGCCCUAAUGAAGCGAUUGGCUGAUGAGAAGUUCGACGUGGCAUCGCUGAAGCCUUCAGUAUCUGCGGUCUCGAUCCCGUCAUCAAUCUCCACUUUUUCCGGUGUACAUUUGGAUAUCAUAUCGAACAGCAUUGGAGAACCAAUAACACCGAGCUAUGUUCCUGGAGGAAUGUCUACGAAAGGUGACCGCAUGAACUUCUUUGAUCGCCUGAAAAAUCUUGUGGACACGGUAAUGGGACAGCGGUUUUUCAGCAACACCUUUGUCGAAGAGAUCAAAGCUUUCCGGUCGAAAUUUGGUCCACAGUUCAAAGACUAUGAGGAAAUACUGGCGGAUGCCUCGUAUGUGUUCACGAACUCAAACCCGUACCUCGACUAUCCUCGUCCAAUGCUCCACAAGACAGUUCCACUGGGCGGAGUUGCUGUCCAUAUCGAUCCCAAAAAGAAUGUUUUGUCAAAGGAAUGGAAUAGCGUGUUGAGUGAGAGAAACACCACCGUACUGGUCUCAUUCGGUUCAGUGGCCAAAUCUAUCUACAUGCCAGAUGAGUACAGGAAAACGUUACUGGAAGUUUUUGAAAGCAUGCCUGAUACUACCUUCAUAUGGAAAUACGAAGCCGAAGGUUCACAGAUAGCGGCUCACCUCAAGAAUGUUCAUCUCAGCACUUGGGUGCCUCAGAACGCACUCCUUGCUGAUCCUCGUCUCACGGCUUUCAUUACACAUGGAGGCUUGGGGAGCACCACCGAGCUCGCUCAUCUGGGAAAACCAGCAAUACUGGUGCCGAUUUUUGCUGAUCAGACGAGAAAUGCGCAUAUGCUUGCAAAACACGGUGGAGGCAUCGUUCUGAAUAAGGUCAACUUGGAACAUCCACAACUUCUCAGAGACUCUCUGAGAAGAAUCUUCGACGAUGCGAGCUUUUCCCACAAUGCUAAACGGCUUUCUGAGAUGCUCAUAAAUCAGCCAAUCAGCGCCAGGCAACUUCUCAUCAGGCACAGUGAAUUUGCCGCA